AUGGGGCAGAGAUGCGCGAGCCUGAUGCUGCUGAGUCUUCCCUCAGGGCCCUACAACAUGAGGUGCUACGACUGUUGGACCAUCAACAACUUCUACUGUACACAAUCUAACUUGUGUCCCUCAAAUUUGAGGCGCUGCCUGACAAUCUCUGUUCGUUUGAACGAACGGGAACUCCUUGUUUACAAGAACUGUACGAGCAACUGCACGUUCGUGUAUCCAUCCGAAGUUCCCCCUGAAGCCCCGAGAGUCUUGAGGACUAAUAGUUUCUAUUUUGUUCGUUGUUGUAACACUAUUAAUUGCAAUGAUGGAGGACCCAGUUCUCUGGAGAAGGAUAUCACCCUGGAGCAUACAAUUGAGGAGACUCUGUCAGGGACCAGGCGCGCGGGGGAGUCAGCAUUUUUCCUGGGUGCUGCCUCCAUCCUAGUCAGCAACGCACUGACGUGA